AUGCCUCUGAUUUACCUUCCCCCCUCCCAACGGAAACUGAAAUUGAUGACGCCCAGGACAUUUGCUUUGGAGUAUGGAGGGCGAAGGAUUGUCCGGGUUGGGCACUAUUUUGUUGUGAAGUUUGGGAAAGGUGUCAACCUCCUCGAAGGGGAGAAUUUGCUGUUCGUCCGAGAAAAGACCAAUAUUCCCGUUCCCCGGGUCUACGCCCUUUACACGAAACCCGAGACAGGGAAAAAGUAUAUUGUGAUGGAGCAAGUCCAUGGCGAGACGCUACAAUCCUUGUGGCCUCGGCUGACCUCACCUGAGAAGGACUCCAUUAUGAGUACCAUGAGGGCUUAUUUCGACGAGCUGAGGAGUCUUCCGCCGCCAGAAUAUUAUGGCAGCCUCGGUGGCCGAAGUCUUCUUGAUGAAAUCUUUUGGACGCACGAAGUUAACCCCGCGAUCAACGGCCCAUUCACAACUGAAGACGCGCUCAACGAGGCAUUUGCAUUGAAGUAUGUUUAUGAUGAUCGGCCUUGCUUCAGAGCCGAGUUCUACCGCCAGUGUCUGCCACGUAUUUUUCAUGACCAUCAGCCAACAUUCACCCACGGAGACUUUCAAAGGAAGAAUAUAAUCGUUCAGCGCGCUGAGAACGAGGCUGGAGUAGAAGCACCCAAGGGAAUAAGAGUAGUUUUGCUGGAUUGGGAAAAGUCAGGGUGGUAUCCGAGUUACUGGGAAUAUUGUCUAGCUGUCUGUGCCUUACGAUGGGAUGAUGACUGGUGUCUCUGGGUUGAGAAGACAUUGGAUCCGUUUGUUUCUGAGGCUGCAUGGCUGCAGACGCUUCGUCUUGAACUAUGGGUCUAUCAGCAGAAUCUGAUUGGUGAUAUGUUAAUGAAAGAGGCGACCAGAAAGUGCUAUCAAGACAAAUCCUUCUGGUUGACGCAUGAAUACUUCCAGCAGCAAGAUCAUAGGCAUGUCAUCGGGCCGCGCGUGGUUCAGCUAGACCAGGUUACUGAAGAAGUGAUCCUUAGGAGUGGCACUGGUUUUGCCACCAACUGUAGGAGGUCAGGCAUCAUUAGAACUGUCUAA